UCCUCAUCUCUCUCUCUCUCUCUUCUCAUUUCCAUCAUGCAUUCUGAACUUGUUUUGAUUUUUUUCGUACAGUUUGAUUAUAUACUAUGCACUUCGUUCUAAUCACAUUCUGGAUAUAUUCUGGUCUCUGAAUCUUGAAUACAUGAGGAGAUAAACGAAUAUUUCUGAUUUGUUUUUCUCUUCAGAAGUCCCUUUAAUUACUUUAUGAAGAGCUGAUGUAACUCUUUAAGGAACCGAUUAUUUUCUUCCUCCUUAAUUGUCUCUCAAAUUUAAAUAUUUACUUUUACUAAUUUGGAAGGCUAAUUAUUAAAUACAAGCAAAGGGAGCAAAACCAGUGGGUUUGGCAGCAAUCUUGUUUCACAAAAAUAGUAAAAUGGGCAAAGAGAAUAAUAAAGACAAAGUGCUUUUAAGAUGUGAAGGUUUUAUUGCUUAUUUUCCUGGAAAAGUAAAAAAAAAAAAAAAGAGAAAAUCCCAAUCUUGCAACUUGGUUUAUGUGUGUUAAUAAGCUACAGGAUAUGUUUUUCUUAUAAGAUAAAACUCGAUUUGGCUUCAAGUCUGAUCACAUUUCUCAUAUAUUUCUUUAUGAAGAAAUCCAUUUUCUUUUAUCUAAGUUUUAUCGUUCUAGAGAAACUUAGAACUUGUGUGAUUGUCUCAGUGGAAUUCCAUGUCAGACAUGAAUAUUCUAUUACCAUCUCUUGUCUUUUAACUGUUUUAAAAGUCCACAUACUAUCUUGUAUCCCCUGUUUUUCCCCGGGAAAAAGAAUCUCAAAAGCAAAGCUUAGUACUUUUAACACUAUUUUAACUCCCUCUUGCUCUUUGAUUUAAUGCAACUAUCUGAACCUCUAUGUAUAUACCAUACCACCCACAGGUUUCAAGAUCAUAUGGUAGUUUCACCUUCUAGGCAAAAUGGGGCAUUUCUCUUCCAUGUUCAACAGCUUAGCUAGAUCGUUCUCGAACAAGAAAGACAAUAACAAUGGUAAAAGCAACGCGAAGGAAGCCGCAGAUGAAAUGGCGAGAGAGGCCAAGAAGAAGGCGAUGAUUCUGAAGUCCUCUGGUUGUGUUAAUGCAGAUGGAUCCAAUAACUUAGCCUCUGUUUUCUCCAGACGCGGUGAGAAAGGUGUCAAUCAGGACUGUGCUAUCGUCUGGGAGGGAUUUGGAUGUCAAGAAGAGAUGAUCUUCUGUGGGAUAUUCGAUGGACACGGUCCCUGGGGUCAUUUCGUGUCCAAACAAGUCAGAAACUCAAUGCCUAUAUCUCUGCUCUGCAACUGGCAAGAGACUCUAUCUCAGACUACAUUAGUAGAACCCGAAACGGACCAGCGGUUCGCCAUCUGGAAACACUUGUACCUCAAAACAUGUGCAGAUGUCGAUCAAGAGCUUCAGCAUCACCGAAAGAUCGAUACUUUCAAUAGCGGUACAACCGCUCUAACCGUUGUGAGACAGGGUGAAGUUAUUUACGUAGCAAAUGUUGGAGAUUCACGUGCCGUACUGGCCACGGUAUCAGAAGAAGGAAGUCUAACCGCAGUUCAGCUCACAGUCGAUUUCAAACCAAACAUACCACAGGAGGAGGAACGUAUAAUCGGAUGCAACGGGCGAGUAUUCUGCCUUGAAGACGAGCCAGGGGUCCACCGAGUGUGGCAACCAGAAGAGGAAUCUCCAGGGCUGGCAAUGUCGAGAGCAUUCGGAGACUAUUGUAUUAAAGAGUACGGAUUGGUCUCAGUUCCUGAAGUGACUCAAAGACAUAUCUCCACUAGAGACCAGUUUGUAAUAUUGGCCACUGAUGGGGUAUGGGAUGUGAUAUCAAAUGAAGAGGCUAUAGACAUUGUUUCCUCAACCGCAGAGCGGCCAAAGGCGGCUAAGCGGCUGGUGGAGCAAGCAGUUAAGGCGUGGAAUAAGAAGAGACGUGGAAUAGCAAUGGAUGAUAUCUCAGCCGUUUGCCUCUUCUUCCAUUCUUAGUCAUUGUCAUCAUCUCUAACGCAACAUGUUAAGUUAUUAACCCUGCCACAACCUGUAAGUAGGUAAUGGUUUUGGGACCUAGAAAAUGUUGUUGUCAUGUAAAUAGACUUUCACAAGAUCGCACUGAAACUCGUAAAAAUAAGUUACUCCCUUCCCUCCGUUUCA